UCACUUUUCUCGCGACAAAGAUCAGAGGAUCCACGAUGACUUCCACCUCUAGAACCGGUACCACUAGCACUCCUGCUGCUGGCACUCGACUGACCCAAGACCCUACUACUACUAUUACCAGUGGUACAACGGCAGCAGCUCCCUUGGGUGCCCAAUUGGACGUUUCCAUCUUGGACGAUUAUUUGCAUUCCCUGCUGUUGCAACAAUUCUUGUCCUCCAUGGAUCCCUUGUUCGCACCGUCUGUUGUCAAACACGAAACCCUUCGCACCAUUCGCAUGAUUCUGGCGGCUCUGCUUCCGGCUGCCACGCUGUGGACGACACAAUUGCAAACGCCAGGAACCAAAGCGGUGGGGUUGCGGACCGUCAUGGCCGGGAGCAGUAGUGUGGUAGCCACCAAAGUUCGGUACAUUCUCGUGACUGCCUUGUUGCCAUUGGGCUAUCAAAUAUUGCAACGAUGGAUGGUGCACUUGCAAGAACAACAACAACAAGAGGAUACUACGGAGAAUGAAGAUACCACAACAGAACAGCAACGGAUUGGCCGACAACGAAAGUACCACCUAAUUCGGAACAUUUCCAAAUGGGUCGAACAUGGACUGCCAAUCUGCAAGUUGGGACUUUUACUCUCCCUGCUAUGGCAACCACGACAACAACAACAAUCGUCAUCACUCCCUCCUCGAUUGUCCAUGAUAUUGGCAGGGGUUUCCUUUAUGAGUGCUGCUACCGCUUCGACAACUGCAGCAUCGACUGAUUCAUCCUCCCCUGAUUUGUCCACUACUUCCAGACAUCCUCGGUUCUACGUCUUGUAUGCUCAUCGACGGUGGUUGAUGGAAGAAUCACUGCAAACCGUUCGCCUCGUGUUUGGACCUGCCAUGACAUCGUUGAGAGAAUGGAGGCACGUUUUCUACGCGCAGUUACAACGAUUCCUGCGGAGCUGGACGCCAACGAGACGCCACCUCUCCAACACUGAUGAUACCAAUUCACUCGAUGUACCUUGUGCACUGUGUGGCAAGAAGCCCAUUGCCAUUCCUUAUGAAACCGAUGGUUGUUCCCAUGUUUUUUGCUACGUGUGUCUUUGGAGCCAUGUUUCCAAGCACAACAACACAGUAUCAUCCUCGUUCCGGCCAUUCACCACCACAACGGCAACAGUCCAAGGGUCUCCUUGUCCUGUUUGUCAACAAGUCAUUCGGUCCAGUCGUCCAGUUCCACUACAACGGUAUCGACAAGCAGCAAGAGCAGCAGCCAACAGCAGAGCGACAACAAUCAACAGCAACAGCAGCAACAGCCAUAAAUCUUGAGAGAUGCCAAUGGCUCCUCAUCGUCGAAUCCUGGUAUAUUCCCAUCCCACAUAUACACUAGCCAAUCCUUCUACCCUACAUGUGCCGUACAUGUUCAGUCCAGCCAUUGUGAUGUGCCAUAUCCAACUCACGAAACGUCCUUUCUCCAUGGAGCCUACACUAUUCGUACUGUACGGUUCCGAUGCAAUGUUCUCAAGGAUAUGUGUGCUGCUCAUCCUUUAUUUGGACGACGGAAGAUCGAUUGGUGCCAAACGAUAUGAGACCGCUGAAAGAAUAAUAACCAGGCGAUAAAUCCAAUUUCGGUAGUUUGUGCCUCAAGAACGACGGUUCGACAACAAACGAGCUGGGCUGGUCCAGCGUAUUGGAAUAUACUGAAUGCCUGCCGAUUGGAAUGCCACGAAUUGCAAUAGGAUGGCAUGUUACACAAGACCAACCUCAUCAUCAAAGAUGGGGUCUCCCGGCUCGACUCGUUUGUUUUUGUUCGGGGAGGCUGGACACAUACAUAGAGGUCGGCAACCCUUGGCUGUAGGUAUUUCCUACAGGACCGUAACUAUUGGACAUGUGUAAAAGAAUCACAGCAGCUAUAGGUUCGGCUGUCCCUCGCUCGUUCACAAAGUAAAUAAUCACUUCUCGAGCGAGCAGCUUCCAGGACUUGAACAGUAUACACAGUGGCAGCCGCAUUCUUUU